GAACCAGAGUAGCUCUAGCUUAGAUGGAACCCCAAUCAGCAGAGACGUCCACCGUCUUCCGCCUGCUCUUCCCGUCCUCGAAAACCGGGUCACUAGUCGGCAAACUGGGCUUCGUCCCCGGCGCCAAGGUCCAAUUCGAUUACCCGACCCAAGGCGACGAAUGCGUCGUCGUCAUCCGGCCCGACCCGGCUCCGCAGUCGCCGAAUUCCCAAUCGCCGGACGGGUCACCGGCCCAGCAGACCCUGGUUAGGGUUUUCAGGAGGAUGGCGGAUGAGCUGGGCGAACCCGAAAACGGAAACGGGUCGGGUUGCUGCUGCAGGUUGUUGAUUGGGAGUGGUCAGGCUGGGGUUGUGCUUGGGAGAGGAGGGAAGGUGGUGGAGAAGAUGAGGCAGGAGAGUGGGGCCCAAAUUAGGGUCUUUCCCAGGGAUCAGAUUCCGGCUUGUGCUUCUGCCGGAGAUGAGUUGAUUCAGAUAACAGGAGAUUUUUCAGCUGUGAAGAAGGCACUUCUGUCUAUUUCUGGUUGUCUUCUGGAUAAUGCUAAGGUAGAUACAGCCAACUCGGGUAAUUCCAAAGUUUCUGGGGGGUCGAUCCAUGGAACUGGUAUGCCUGCACAAGUUGACUCUGUUCCGCAUCGGGGAUUUGUGUCUGGCUUUAAUGCUGCAGAUUAUCAGUCCAGGAGUUACUCUUCUAAUUCUGGGCCAGAUAACAGUAGUCAACGAAUGGCUAUGGAAGAAGAGGUGGUAUUUAAGUUGUUAUGCCACCAUGAUAAGGUUGGUAGUCUGAUAGGGAAAGGUGGCUCCAUUGUACGAACUUUUCAAAGUGAAACAGGUGCAUCUAUCAAGAUUGUUGAUGCUGCACCCGAUUCGGAUGAGCGCGUUGUUGUCAUAUCUGCACAAGAGAGUCCGGAGCUAAAUUAUUCCCCUGUACAAGAAGCUGUUAUGCGUGUGCAUCACCGAAUUGCGGAGAUUGGAUUCGAACCUGGUGCUGCAGUGGUGGCUAGGCUUCUUCUACAUCCACAGCAGAUAGGUUGUUUAUUGGGUAAAGGAGGUUUCAUCAUUAAUGAAAUGAGGCGAGCUACUGGUGCUAGUAUUAGAAUUUUUCCAAAAGAACAAAAUCAGAAAUCUGCUUACCAUCAUGAUGACGUUGUACAGGUUAUUGGAAGCUUGCACUCUGUACAGGAUGCACUCUUUCAUAUAACAAGUAGGAUUCGUGAAGCCAUAUUCCCAAUGAAACAGUCAUAUCCAAAUUUUGGUGUCCCACCGCACAUGUCUUCAUUUCCUGAGAUGCCUCCCCCCUCCUUUAGACCGAGGCAUAAUCCAACCUCCCCUGGUGCGUAUCCUUCAUCUGUUGGAUUCCAUCCUGGAAUGGAUCGUUCUGCUUUUCGAUCCCAACCUCCAGACCACCAGUCCCCAUUUUCACACGGGGAACACGGUGGUCUAUCUCACAUGGACCGAGUUCCGUAUUCUUAUGGUGGUGAGCGUCCAGGACAUGGUCCGGCAUUUGAGAGAUCUUCUCCAAGAGCAUGGACUCCCCAGGGAGUAAGCUCCGGAAACCUAAGGGAAACUGGUGAUGCUAAUAUGGGCUUGGCUCCAAGGAGUGGGUCUAUACGAAGUGGCAGUCAACCACCUCAGUUAACCAGCACAACCAUUGAGAUCAUGAUUCCUCAAGCAUUCAUGAGUCAUGUUUAUGGAGAGAACAACAGUACUCUGAAUCAGAUUUGGCAGGUAUCAGGUGCAAAUUUAGUUGUUCAUGAUUCAAAACCAGGAUCGUUGGAAACCCAAGUUGUAGUAUCCGGAGCCCCAGAUAAAAUACAUGUUGCCCAGAGCCUUAUUCACGGUUUCAUCCUUUGUGGGCAGACACAACUCACACAAGUUUGA